AUGAUGCUGCUCCUGCUGCCCCUCCUGCCCGCCAGCUGCCCGCACGCUCGGUGGGUUGUGAACAGGGUCAGGCGCAAAGCGCAGGCUGAGAGCGCGCUCCUCCUGCUGUCGUCGGACGCCGCCCUCCAGCUGGCCGGGCGGGUCGCCGUGUGGAGGGAGCAGGUGGUUCGGGUCAUGGAGGCGGAUGCCAAGGAGGAGAAGGCGGAGGCGAAGGCUCGGCAGAGGGAGCGCGUCGCCGCCAUCCUCGCGCGCACGGACGAUGCGGGCGCGGGCGCGGGGCCCGCGGGGGUGGAGGAGGCGCUCAAUUGCUGGGAGGAGGGUGCGUAUGAGGCGGAGAUGAUGGAGGCGCUCGCCGCGCUCGCGGCCUCCAAGUCGGAGCUGCAGGCGCGCCUGAAGCGCAACCUUUACGCGAUCCACGAGAAGGAGCUCACCUUCUACAUCCAGAACUGCCGCGCGCUCGGCACCAUCUCCGUCUUCCUCGCCAUCUUUGCGAACGGCUCCUUUUACGGCCGGUACGCCGCAAACUACCGCGUGCCGGACAGCAGCUUCCUGCAGGUGUGGAACGUCUUCACGAUGCUCGCGAUGAUGCUUGAGCUCGUCGUUGUGUGCAAGACGACGCAGCUCACCAUCUUCAUGCCCGGCCUCUCCCUCCGCGGGCCCGAGGGCUCGGUGUCACGCGCCGUCGGCAUCAUGCGCGAGGAGCACGAGAAGGUCGUUCGCUUCUUUGGCGCGGGCAUCCUCUGCUUUGUCUUCUCGGCGAUGUGCCAGUGCUGGAUCCUCUUCGGCUUCUACGACAAGGACUACUGCGUCGCCGCGGGCGGGCGGUGGGUGGAGGACGGCGAUCUACCGCUCCGCCCCGGCACACCGCGAUGCGACUUUAACGCGACCCCCCCGAGCAGCCCCCCCUCGAGCGAGGCGGAGUGCCCCGGCUGGCAGGUGGUCUGCGACCUCUGGGGCAGGGGAUACUCGACCGACCAAUACCUCGCACUACCGCUAAUCGGCCUGCUCGGCCUGAGCCUCGUCGCCAUGGCGCACGUUACCUGCCGCCUGAGGAGAGAGGUGCCGCCGCCGCGAAGGCACCCGAACGAGGACAGGGGGGGCGGCGGCGUGCGGCGGAGUGGCUAG